CAGCCUCUUCCUCCGUCCUUCUCCGGGCGCGGAAAUGGUUGUCUAGGUGACGGGUCCUAACGGUUUGGGGACCCUGCGAUCCUGGCGAGAGGUGUUGCACCCUCCCCCUCUGUCCCUGAGCUGCUUUCAGGUACCCCCUCAGGUUUGCAAGUGGCUGCUGGUGUGGAGCACUUGCAGCGCUUCCGAGGGAGCACGCGGCUGUCCAGCGCUGUCCCCUCCUGCGCUGGACACGGGCUCCUCCAGCACGGCUGCUGAAGCUCAAGUCUGAGUCUUCUCGCUGCGCUCCUCGGGGGCUUCCCCGCCCUUCACACCCCCCUCCCCCCGCCCCCAGGUCUCCGAUCUUUUGUGAUCCAGGAAACGUGGCUGGUCCUUUGAUUCCACCGCUCCUUGUUGCUUUCCUUCCCAAAGGCGGGAAGCCGCUGCCCUUAGAAUUAGUUCUGGGUCCCCCUCCCAACCUUCGAUGAUGCCAUCGUUCCGUAGAUAGACGGGUCUUCUGCAGCACCCCCUCCCCCAAAAAAACAAAAACUUCUUUACAACGUAGGAUUGAGAUAUAAUUGGAGAAUAAAACUGACCAAUAAUAAAAGAUGUCUCGAAAAACAUCCAAGACAUCAAAAAAAGUGAACAUCUCAAGCUCUCUGGAAUCUGAAGAUAUUAGUUUAGAAACAACAGUUCCUACAGAUGAUAUUUCAUCAUCAGAAGAGCCAGAUGGUAAAAUAAAAAUUACCAGGCAAUUAAUUGAGCGGAAAGAAUUACUUCAUAACAUUCAAUUGCUCAAAAUAGAGCUAUCCCAGAAAAAUAUGAUGAUCGACAAUUUGAAAGUGGAUUAUCUUACAAAGAUUGAAGAAUUGGAGGAGAAACUGAAUGAUGCACUUCAUCAGAAGCAGGUCCUGACACUGAGAUUAGACAACCAGUUGACUUUUCAACAGAAGGAUGCGAGGAAAUAUCAAGAACUAAUGAAACAAGAAAUGGAAACGAUUUUAUUGAGGCAGAAACAAUUAGAAGAGACAAAUCAUCAGCUAAGAGAGAAAGCUGGAGAUAUUCGUCGAAACCUACGUGAAUUUGAGUUGACAGAAGAACAAUAUAUAAAACUAAAAAGCUUUUCUGAAGAUCUCCUCUCUAUUCCUGAAUAUGUAUCUCUCCGGUUUUAUGAACUUGUGAAUCCAUUAAGAAAGGAAGUCUCCGAACUACAGAUGAAAAAGAAUGAACUCUCAGAAGAAUUAAGUGAAAACAAGGAGCAGCUGAAACGCCUCACAGAGGCUAAUGAGAAGGAUCGAAGAAACUGCUCGGAGCUUCAAAUUAGGUGCCAGCGGUUGGCCCUAGAAUUAGCAGACACGAAACAGCUGAUUCAGCAAGGGGACUACCGUCAGGAGAACUAUGAUAAAGUUAAGGGUGAACGUGAUGCAUUUGAACAGGAAGUAACUGAGUUGAGGAGAAAGCAUGAAAUACUUGAAGCCUCUUACAUCGUUCAAAGUAAAGAAAGAAGUGAAUUAUCAAAAGAGUUGGUCACUUUAAAGCAGACUGUCACUCUGCUGCAAAAGGACAAAGACUAUCUCAAUCGCCAGAACAUGGAACUUAGCAUCCGCUGUACUCAUGAGGAAAACCGCCUCGAGAGACUUCAGACGCAACUGGAAGAAAUAAAGAAAGCUAGAGAAGAGAUGUAUGAAAAAUACGUAGCAUCAAGAGACCAUUAUAAAACCGAAUAUGAAAAUAAACUACAUGAUGAACUGGAACAAAUCAAAUUGAAAACUAAUCAAGAAAUUGAUCAACUUCGAAGUGCCUCUAGGGAAAUGUAUGAACGGGAAAAUAGAAACCUUCGAGAAGCAAGGGAUAAUGCGGUGGCCGAAAAGGACCGGGCAGUGCUGGCUGAGAAAGAUGCCUUAGAAAAACACGACCAGCUCUUGGAAAGAUACAGAGAUCUUCAACUUAGUACAGAAAGCAAAGUAUCAGAAUUUCUUCAUCAAAGUAAGUUAAAAUCUUUUGAAAGUGAACGUAUUCAGCUCAUCCAAGAGGAAACGGCAAGAAAUCUCACACAGUGUCAGUUGGAAUGUGAAAAAUACCAGAAAAAAUUGGAGGUUUUAACGAAAGAAUUUUAUAGUCUCCAAGCCUCUUCUGAAAAACGCAUUAUUGAACUUCAGACACAAAACUCCGAGCAUCAGACAAGGCUAGACAUUUAUGAGAAACUGGAAAAAGAGCUUGAUGAAAUAAUCAUGCAAACUGCAGAAAUUGAAAAUGAAGAUGAGGCAGAAAGGAUUCUUUUUUCCUAUGGCUAUGGUGCUAAUGUUCCCACAACAGCCAAAAGACGACUAAAACAAAGCGUCCACUUGGCAAGAAGAGUGCUUCAGUUAGAGAGACAGAAUUCAUCAGUUUUAAAAGACCUAGAGCGUCAUAAGGACCAGAUUACACAGCUUUCACAAGAGCUCGACCAGGCCAAUUCUCUGUUGAACCAAGCCCAGCAGCCCUACCGCUACCUCAUCGAGUCCGUGCGUCAGAGAGACUCAAAGAUUGAUUCGCUGAAGGAGAACAUCACCCAGCUUGAGAAGGAUGUCAGCAAUUUAAAUAAAGAAAAGUCAGCUUUACUCCAAAUGAAGAACCAGAUGUCAUUAGACUUAGAGCAACUUCUAAAUCACCGUGAGGAAUUGGCGGCCAUGAAACAGAUCCUCAAUAGCAUGCGUACGAAGCGUUCUGGGAACAACAUACAUCUUACUAAAACCCAAUCCAAAGAGGUGACGGAAGAUCAGAAGACGGCACCUGUGAAUGCGCCUAAAGAAGAUGCAGACAAUGUAUUUAUACCCAAGCCAACAGUCUUUACCAAGAAAGAAGCACCCGAAUGGUCUAAGAAACAAAAGAUGAAGACCUAGUGUUUGGGAUAGGUUUUCUCUGUCAUCGUUUACUCCUGACGUCCUUUUCCCGAUGAACACAACUGUAUCUUAAUCAUGUUUCUGGUGUUUUUUUUAAAUAUUUAACUUAAAGUAUAUUUUAGCUAUGAAAUGUGUAAGACGUUCAUGUCAUAACCAAAAUGUGAUAAAUUGCAAGCAGUUGUAUGCUUUAUAUUUGUUUUUAUCUAUUUUGUUACAGAAUAAAUGUCAUAUACUCUAUGAUAUGCCUUUUGUAGCAUUCCUAAUUCUUCAGUGCCUUUGAAAGUACAUGGCUCAAGGGCUGGAGCAAUAGCACAGCGGGUAGGGCGUUUGCCUUGCACACGGCCGACCCGGGUUCAAUUCUCAGCAUCCCAUAUGGUCCCCGGAGCACCGCCAGGAGCAAUUCCUGAGUGCGUGAGCCAGGAGUAACCCCAGUGCAUCGCUGGGUGUGACACAAAAGAAAAAAAAAAUAAUAAAGUACAUGGCUCAGGCUGGAAGGUGGCACAGGGCUGGGCUCGGGAUUGCAUGCAGGCAGCCCAGGCCUUAUCCCUGACACCACAUGGUCCCCCAAGCACCAGACACAACCCCUCAAACAGUAGUUUAAAUUAAGUCCACUGGGCACGGUCAGCUGAAAACAAAAUAAAACAAUACUAACAACAAAGCGUGUAGCUUAAUAUUUUGUUUAGUAUUUUCUAUAUAUACAUACAUUCCAACUUUAUUUUUUGUUUUAUCAUCUGUGGUACAGUUUAUAUAACAUAGUAACAAUUGUACCAGCAUUGAUAAUAUUGUGUACAAGGUUACUGCAUCCCACCAUCACCAGAAAGUAGAAGACCCCAGGCCACUGUCCCCAGGCCCUCUAAUCCAUCUUUCUCGCCCCAACCCUGAUUCUAGUCUGAAUGUCAUAACACACAUUUCAUAAGUGUCGUUUAAGGAGUCUUAAAGAAGUGUCAUUUAAGAUACUAAAUUACAGAAACCCAAAACUGAGAGGCCACUAAGUGUGGUCACUCGACCUCAUACCUCUUCAUCCUCAGCAAUGGAAAAACAAAUUAUCUAAUGCUUCCUUUUCAGCAGGUCUGACUUUAGGGGAGAGACUCUCCAAACUAUAAUAGUGAGUUUUGUUGAAAUAUUGUAUGCAAUCAAAGUGAA